CGCCAUGCCGGUGGGCCCCGUGGAGAACGUGACCAACACCACCAGCCUGACGGACAGCAAGGAGGACAUAUUCGCCAAGCUGAAGGCCAAGUUCAUGAACGAGCUGAACAAGAUUCCCUUGCCCCCCUGGGCCCUGAUUGCCAUCGCUGUGGUAGCCGGCCUGCUCGUCCUCACCUGCUGCUUCUGCAUCUGCAAGAAGUGCUGCUGCAAGAAGAAGAAGAACAAGAAGGAGAAGGGCAAGGGGAUGAAGAACGCCAUGAACAUGAAGGACAUGAAAUCGGGGAACCAGGACUCCUCUGAGAGGUGGGGCCUGACGGAGGGAGAAGGGGAGGAGGAGGAGAAGGAGCCCGAGAACCUGGGCAAGCUGCAGUUCUCGCUGGACUACGAUUUCCAGGCUAACCAGCUCACAGUCGGCAUCCUCCAAGCGGCCGAACUCCCGGCGCUGGACAUGGGGGGCACCUCGGACCCGUACGUCAAAGUCUUCCUGCUCCCCGACAAGAAGAAGAAAUACGAGACCAAAGUGCAGAAGAAAACCCUCAACCCCGUCUUCAAUGAGACCUUCGUCUUCAAGGUUCCCUACCAGGAGCUGGGCGGGAAGACCCUGGUGAUGGCCAUCUAUGACUUCGACCGCUUCUCCAAGCACGACAUCAUUGGGGAGGUCAAGGUGCCCAUGAACACCGUGGACCUGGGCCAGCCCGUGGAGGAGUGGCGAGCCCUGCAGGGCGGGGAGAAGGAGGAGCCAGAGAAGCUGGGAGAUAUCUGCAUCUCGCUGCGGUACGUGCCCACCGCAGGGAAACUCACUGUCUGCAUCCUGGAAGCCAAGAAUCUGAAAAAGAUGGACGUGGGGGGUCUCUCGGAUCCCUACGUGAAGAUCCACCUGACGCAGAACGGCAAGAGGCUGAAGAAGAAGAAGACCACGGUGAAGAAGAAGACCCUGAACCCCUACUUCAACGAGUCCUUCAGCUUCGAGAUCCCCUUCGAGCAGAUCCAGAAAGUGCAGGUGGUGAUCACUGUCCUGGAUUACGACAAGCUGGGGAAGAACGAAGCCAUUGGCAAAAUAUUCGUGGGCUCCAGCGCCAGCGGCACGGAGCUGCGGCACUGGUCCGACAUGCUGGCCAACCCCCGGCGGCCCAUCGCCCAGUGGCACUCCCUCAAGCCGGAGGAAGAGGUGGACGCGUCUCUGGGGAAGAACAAAUAGGAUGCGCCCGCGCCCAGCGUCGCCUAUGGACAUUCUCAGCAACCCAGCGCUCGCGAUACCUCAGUUCUGCAACCUUUGGUUUUGCUUCCAUUUUGUGUUACGCUGCAACACCCGCUGUGGCCAAGGAAGAGUUUCCAGAGAGUCCUGAGCCAUGGGGAAAGACAGGGAGGGGCCAUUUUAUUCUGCACCGUCGCUUCCCCCUGCUGCAUGUCUCAUUGUUUCUACGUGCUGUUCCACCAAUGCGACGAGCCAGCUUCUGCCUCGGGCCACCGAGCGCCCGGCCGGGGCAGCCCAGCGUCUUCCGUUCUCCUCGGGUUUACACUUGGACCUUCAACCAUUGUGCUGAGGCGACAGCUAAGCCUGCAUACACGUGAGCUGACCAGAUACACUGUGCUUGCUCUGGGACACGCACCGAUGGACGCGGGGGUCUGCUGUAAAGAACAGCUGGGAACGUCAUGCCGUUGCUUUGCCUCCCAGAGACCCAAGCGAGCAGCCCUGCUGGGACUGGAGCGGCCCAGGCUCCAUCGGACAUGUUAAGGUGUCCUUCCAUCUAGUGCACCAGGUGCAUUGCUGGGCAUACGGACCCGCAGCUACUGCCACCCUGGGGCAGCUAGGCAGGGCACUGAACCUUGCAGCCCCCUGCGACUGCCAGAGCAGGGGGCGUUACCGGGCAGUUGCAUGGCUUUGAACAGUCGCGAUUCCAAUCUCAGUGCAGGACCGAGCACAGACGCGUCUCGGUUUUGCAAAAACAGCAUCAUGGGCUAUUUAUGCAAAUGACCAUUGCCAGGCAGGCUUCCAGCAGCUGGACUCGACAGGCCCACCCCAUCAGUCAGCGCCUCGGCUGAUUUACCAAAACAGCUGCUUAAAGCCAUCCCUGCAGGCUGGGCAGUCUGACAGGAAAGCAGCUGAUUUCCCAUCAUGCAUUGCAUAACAUCACUUCAUCGGAAGAUGCAUGACCUAAAAGUGUAGAGCCAGAAACAGCCCAGGACGGCUUUAAAGGGCCAGGUCUUCGGAACUCCAGGUGAGGGAGCAGGGCUGGGUGGGGGGAGGCAGGUGUGGCUGCAGGUGGCCCAGUGGUUCAGGGUCAGAGAUGGAGGCUGUAGCUGCUCUGUAGCCUUGGGUGGCUUGGUCCCCUACCUCCCUUUUCCAGGGGCCAGGACUGGACUGGGUAAGGAAACAGGCUGAGCUCAGUCCCUGGGCAGAGCACGGGCUGAGCUGCACAAGGAACCAGUUUGCUCAGCGCUGUCCCACUAGACCAAGUGAGGCCGUGGCCCCUUUUGUGGCUGUAAGAGGCCUUCCGUGUUCAUGGCUUUUCCUCUGUGUGUUUUAACAUGACGAGCAUCCACUCCG